CGAGCGACCGGGACGACGACACCGCGGCCGCCUCGCUUUGCUGGACUGACAGGCGGGCAAGCUGGGUGACAGUGUCAACGACGGACUGUAUCGUCCAGAACCAGCUUCAGUCGACGAGGGCGUCUCGCACCGUUUCUCAUCUCCCCGCACGUCUUGCUCGUCCUCCCCCUUGUCCACCACAGCACCGACGAGCACAGCAGCACCGUCGCCAUGCUCGCACGGCUCAUUAUCGUCCUCGCAAGCGCAGCCCUGCUCCACUCGGCCUACUCGGCCUGGCUGGCACGCACGUCGGCCAAGGCACUCGGUAUUCACCUUGAGCCGACCCUCCUGGGCUCGCACCUCCCCCUUGCCGUCACUCUCGAGGCCUUUGCGUCCUUCCUCCUCCUCACAGUCGGUAUCCUCUUGUCGGCGCCGCCACCCAAAGGUGUCUCGUUCGCGAGCGAGAUGGCCUCGAGGAGUAUCGACUCGACGGACUCGGGCGUCGCAUUCGCCAACCUGCGACACCGCGGCCGCAUCCUCUUCGGCCCGUCGCCCGCAGCAGGCUCGAGUGCGGUUGCAGGAGCAGGCUCGAAGCGGUAGAGCGAGUCCGAGGGCGCAAUGUACUUCGUGCGGGGCUCUC